AUGGGCAAUGAGUGUAGCUCUUGGCAGACACCACCGGAAGAUGUCAUGGAGAAAAUUCUACAGUUGGUCGACUUUGCUGAUCAAAGAAUGUUAGGUCAGGUCAGCAAGUCUUGGAGGUCAAUUGUUUUUCAAACAUUCACGCGUGGAGCUCGUCGUCACCUCCCAUGGUUAAUAUUACCUAAAUCGCUAAAUUGCAAGAGUAACAAAUAUUUGAGCUUUCUUAACUUCCCUGACAACAAACUCUCUGCGGGAAAGAUCACUAAGUUAAAGCUGCCAAAGAGACUUCAAGGAGGGUGCAUAAACGGAUCUUGUAAAGGUUGGUUGAUCAUCAUCAAGGAAAAAGGACUCGACUCUGAGAUGUGUCUGGUAAACCCAAUUUCAGGAGUCAUACACAAACUUCCGCCUUUGAGAACAAUUCCAUAUUUUAAAGACUUUGUCAAAUCUAGAAGAUGGGAACUCUUGGGUGCCAAUGGAUUCUGUAACUCAGUUAAAAUGUCUACCCCAGAUGGAUAUAUUAAUUCUUCAAGCAACUUUAUUAUUGCUGCAGUUUUUGAUGAUCGGAAUAUGUUAUGCUUGUGCAGACCCGGAGAUGAAAACUGGAGCUUCUUCCCGGUAUGCGAUGUGAUCUGUGAUAUACUGUUUUCUUCCAGCACAUUAUAUGCGUUAGUUUGGAAUGAAGAGAAGGAUGGUGUCGUCGCACCCACUUACCCAUUGAACUUUGCACAUCAUGACGCUGGACACUUGAUGCUGAAGUUGGUAUAUGACAAACACCAAGACACGAAUGACAUCAUUGAUGAUUAUCAUAACGACUAUAAGAGAGCUUCUAAUGCACAAAUAAGACAAAUGUUGUUGGAAUCAACCAGCAAGGAAGUUAUGGUAGUCCAUCAAGUUUUCGAUUAUAUUAUUGAGAAAAAAGUUGAUGGUGAUGAACAAAUAAAUGAGAAUGGUGAUGAGGACGGCGCCGGCAUCGGUGAUUUUGAAGGGAACAAUGACGAUGAAGGUGGUGGUGCAAGUGAUGUUGAAGAAGUAAUCAAUGAUACUACUAAAAACGUACGUGUACGCACAAGUAGGUUUGUAUUCUACAAGAUAGAUGAACGCAACAAUAACUUUGAUGUGAUGCAGUCCUUAGGUGACCAAUUAUUAUUUUGUGGAGACGAUGGUGUUUUCUCUCUUCCUGCUGGUAACAUCAAAGAUGUAGAAAAUGAUUGCAUCUACUUUAUAACGAAUUUUUGCCGGAUGGUGGAUUUGGAAUUCGGAGCAACGACAUGCAUGUCUGAUGGGUAUGGCAUAUUCUACUUAAAUGGUCAAAUAAUUGAAGGCCCAUAUCAAGGUGGGGAAAUAUCACUCAAGUAUCAAGGGAGUUGGUUCACUCCAAGUUUAUAG